AUGCCUCCUAUCGACAAACGCGACCUUCGAAAGCGGUACCGGUCAUUAAUUAAUCAAGUCCAUGAAUCUCGCCUUGAGUUAGUGGACCAAGAAAAUAAUGCCCUAAUUGAAACCGUGGCCUCUGCUAAUGAUUUAUUUUCAUCAGUUGAGGCGCCGACAGAAGCUGCUUUGGAUGCUUUAUUGUUGACAAAAACAGUGGAUUUGGCAUCUAUGAGGACCAAACAGUUGCAUAUAGGAAAGCCAAAAUUUAAUAUUCAACUUUAUAUUAGGCAUAUCAAACAGUUUUUGAGUCAAAAUGGCUCCAACUCUUCUUCGGAAUCUAAUAGAAAUGAACUUGCAUGGUCAAGGUUAGGAAAGAUUGCUUGGAAGCAUCAAAGGAGGCCAGCCUCUGUUAAUUUAAUGGUGGGACCUUUAUCUUUUCGGAAAAAGGAAAGACAAGUACCAAGAAGGGAAAAGCUACAGCGAGCUCCAAAUACAUCUACUCAGCCGAUAUUGCUCAACCAAGAUAAUAUUUCAGCUCAGGAAAACAAUACCACGAAAAACGUUUUACAGAUCUCCCGUCUACUUCUAAAGCAUCAACCAGUCGAUCUUUUAAAGUUUAUUACAAAUCCAGAAAGUUAUUCUCAAACUGUUGAGAAUCUGUUUUAUGUCAGUUUUCUUUUUAAAGAAGGAAAAGCGGCUUUGACUGAAGAUUCUCAAAGAGGGCUUUUACUAGAAUGUAAAACACCUCCAUCGGAUGAACAAGUGAAUUCUGGAGAAGUACGAAACGUUCAACUAGUUAUGGACAUGACUUUAGACCUUUACGAAGACAUUAUACAAACCUUUAAACUAAAAGGUAGCAUUAUACCGACACGACGACCAGUAGAGACGGCCGCCACCAGUAAUACAUGGUACAGUUAA